CCGCCGCGGGCCCCUCGGAGAGGGCGGCCGGCACGCGAGCCGCCGAGCAGCCGCUCCCCCGGCGCCGCAGCCCUCGGGACUCUCGCUCCCAUCCCCGCGCUCCUGCUCCUCCAUCUUGGCCUCGGCAGUGGCGGCUGCCGGGAGGAUGUGCCGCCUCCUGGCCGGGGGAAGAAGGAGGAGAAGAUGAAGAAGUACCGGCGGGCCUUGGCCCUGGUCUCCUGCCUCUCUCUGUGCUCCCUGGUCUGGCUUCCCAGUUGGCAUGUAUGUUGUAAAGAGAGUUCUUCAGCUUCAUCAUAUUACUCUCAAGAUGACAGUUGUGCGCUAGAAAAUGAAGAUGUACGAUUCCAGAGCAAGGAUGAAAAGGAGGGACCUGUCAGUGCUGAAUUAUCUGGAAAAGUGGGUUCAAACUUACCUAUUCCUCCAGAAGAACAGAAACUAAAAGAUGACCACAUUGUGGAUGUACAAAAUAUGGAGUCAAAAAAGUUAAGUCCACCUAUGCUUGAAACACUUUCUACAGUUGAUCCACAAGAUUCUUCCAGUGUAGCUGGGGGCAGUGAAAACAUCGAAAAUAUUUCCAGCUCUUCUACCUCAGAAAUCAUUCCAAUCCCAAAGCUUGAUGAAAUAGAAAAAUCUGGUACUAUUCCUAUAGCCACGCCACCUGAAACUGAGCAGUCUGAAACUGACUGUGAUGUUGCUGAGGCUCUCCAUGCAGACGCACCAGCCGACCAGCCUGCCUUUGUCAGCCCACAUGAAAGCCUUGUUGGCCAACAUAUAGAAAACGUGUCAUCUUCACAUGGCAAAGGAAAGAUAACAAAAUCAGAAUUUGAGUCAGAAGUUUCAGCCAGUGAUCAGAGUGAUGGUGAUCCAAAAUCUGCACUGAAUGCUUCAGAUAACUUGAAAAACGAGAGUUCUGAUUAUACGAAACCAGAAGAAAUUGACGCUACACCUGUAACAAGUCCCAAAGACCCAGAGGAUAUACCGACGUUUGAUGAGUGGAAGAAGAAAGUCAUGGAAGUAGAAAAAGAAAAGAGUCAGUCAAUGCAUGCGUCUUCUAAUGGAGCUCUUCAUGCCACGAAAAAGGUCCAGAAAAAUCGAAAUAAUUAUGCCUCAGUAGAAUGUGGGGCCAAAAUUUUGGCAGCUAAUCCAGAAGCCAAGAGCACAUCUGCUAUUCUUAUAGAAAAUAUGGAUCUUUAUAUGUUGAAUCCUUGCAGCACUAAAAUUUGGUUUGUUAUUGAACUUUGUGAACCAAUCCAAGUAAAGCAGCUUGAUAUUGCAAAUUACGAAUUAUUUUCUUCUACUCCUAAAGACUUUCUGGUUUCUAUCAGUGACAGAUAUCCUACAAGUAAGUGGAUUAAGCUGGGUACUUUCCAUGGUAGAGAUGAGAGGAACGUGCAGAGUUUCCCUUUAGAUGAACAGAUGUAUGCAAAAUAUGUGAAGAUGUUCAUCAAGUACAUAAAGGUGGAGCUGGUGUCCCACUUCGGAUCAGAGCACUUUUGUCCAUUGAGCCUUAUAAGGGUGUUUGGUACUAGCAUGGUAGAAGAAUAUGAAGAGAUCGCUGAUUCCCAGUAUCAGUCAGAACGUCAGGAACUCUUUGAUGAGGACUAUGAUUAUCCACUGGAUUAUAAUACUGGGGAGGAUAAAUCCUCAAAAAAUCUUCUUGGUUCUGCUACAAAUGCCAUUCUAAAUAUGGUGAAUAUUGCCGCUAAUAUUCUGGGAGCAAAAACUGAAGACCUGACAGAAGGAAAUAAAAGUAUAUCUGAGAAUGCCACUGCCACAGCUGCACCUGACAUCCCCGAAUCGGCUCCUGUUUCAACUCCUGUUUCGUCACCUCAGUUUGUAACCAGUGAAGAAAAUGGCCAUGACACAGAGCCGUCACCACCAGAUACUCCCAAAGAAAGCCCCAUCGUACAACUCGUUCAAGAGGACGAAGAGGAGGCAAGUCCGUCUACAGUGACCCUUCUGGGCAGUGGCGAACAGGAAGAUGAAUCAUCGCCCUGGUUUGAGUCAGAGACACAAAUAUUUUGCAGUGAACUGACCACAAUUUGCUGCAUUUCUAGUUUUUCAGAAUACAUAUAUAAAUGGUGUUCAGUUAGACUGGCUCUUUAUCGGCAACGCAGCAGAACUGCUGUGAGUAAAGAGAAAGAUUAUCUCGAGUCAGCUCAACCACCAUUACUGCCUCCUGCAGAACCAGUAGAUGUUUCAGUCUUGCAGCCUCCAAGUGGAGAACUGGACAGUAAGGGCAAGGAAAAGGAAGCUGAAACUGUUGUUCUAGGUGACUUAAGUAGUGUGCACCAAGGUGAUUUGAUUAAUCACACUGUAGAUGCAAUUGAACUUGAACCGAGUCAUCCUCAAACUCUUUCUCAGUCUCUUCUCUUAGAUGUUACUCCAGAAAUCAAUUCAUUAUCUAAAAUAGAACUAUCUGAACCUGUUCAGUAUGAGGCAGGACACGUACCAUCACAAGUGAUUCCUCAAGAGAGUUCUGUCGAGGUUGAUAAUGAAACGGAAAAGAAGUCUGAGAGUUUUAGUUCUAUAGAGAAGCCAGCUGUGAUCUAUGAAACAAACAAACUUAACGAAGUCAUGGAUAGUACUGUUAAAGAAGAUGGAAACUCCGUGCAAGUUAUCACAAAGCCAUCUGAAACAGUAGUGCCACCUGUAAACACAGCUGCUGUGCCAGACAAUGAAGACGGGGAAGCCAAAAUGAACACAGCUGACACACCAAAGCAAAUUUUGACUCCUGUCGUGGAUUCUUCUUCAUUACCUGAAGUAAAAGAGGAAGAACAGUCUCCAGAAGAUGCCCUUUUAAGGGGGUUGCAGAGGACAGCUACAGAUUUUUAUGCCGAAUUGCAAAAUUCUACAGAUCUGGGAUAUGCUAAUGGGAACCUUGUGCAUGGCUCAAACCAAAAGGAGUCAGUGUUUAUGAGACUCAAUAAUCGUAUUAAAGCCUUAGAAGUUAACAUGUCUCUCAGUGGUCGCUAUCUGGAGGAGCUGAGCCAAAGAUACUUUUUUCUUCCUUCAUCACAGGAUCAGCGGCAAACUGAAUCCAUCCAGUUGUUACAGGCACAGCUGACCAACAUGACCCAGCUGGUUUCAAACUUAUCCGCAACAGUAGCAGAAUUAAAACGUGAGGUUUCAGAUCGACAAAGCUAUCUCGUCAUAUCUUUGGUUCUCUGUGUUGUCUUGGGACUGAUGCUGUGUAUGCAACGUUGUCGAAACAUCUCUCACUUUGAUGGAGAUGACACUUCAAAACUUCCUAAGAAUGAUCAGUAUCCGAGCCCUAAAAGGUGUUUCUCUUCCUAUGAUGAUAUGAAUUUGAAAAGGAGAACUUCCUUCCCACUCAUCAGGUCCAAGUCUCUACAGUUAACUGGUAAAGAAGUAGACCCAAAUGCUUUGUACAUUGUAGAACCCCUCAAGUUCUCUCCAGAAAAAAAGAAGAAACGCUGCAAGUACAAAACAGAAAAGAUCGAGACCAUAAAGCCGGCAGAGCCACCGCACCCUGUGGCCAACGGAGACAUAAAAGGAAGGAAGCCCUUCACGAACCAGAGAGACUUUUCUCACAUGGGAGGGGUUUAUCACUCUUCUCACAAGGGCCCCCCGUCUGAGGGAAGCUCGGAAACGUCGUCACAGUCGGAAGAGUCUUAUUUUUGUGGCAUUUCAGCUUGCACGAGUCUGUGCAAUGGACAGUCCCAAAAGACAAAGACUGAGAAGAGGGCUUUAAAACGGAGGCGCUCCAAAGUCCAAGACCAAGGGAAGUUGCUAAAAACCCUGAUACAGACUAAGUCGGGGUCGUUGCCGAGCCUGCACGACAUCAUCAGGGGGAACAAGGAGAUCACCGUGGGAACGUUUGGUGUCACAGCGGUCUCGGGACGGAUCUAGAAUCAGUCGGACUUUUCAUACUGGAGACUUUUUGUCGUUGUUCUCUGGAGAACAGUCUGUGGUAUUUGAAGGGUUCGGGGGAGGGAGAAAAUAUUAAUGGGAAAAGUAUUCAGAAAUUAUGGUUUCGGCCUUUUUACGAAGCAGGUGGGGCUGCGUUCGUCUUGGUUAAUGAGCUGCGGCUGCGCACGGCCGGCCACUCCCACAGGGACAGCGGCAGACCUUUUAUAAGAUGUGUUUUUCACAGAUCAAUUGCUGGGCCAAAAUAAUUUGGACGCCCGGUUCCUGGGGUGGGAUAGGGAUGGGAGCCUAAACCUCUUCCUUUAGCUUUGUCCCUAUUUCUUGCACCUUCCCAUAUUUAUGUGCCUUUUGUCUAUUUAUAAUGCCACUGGAAGAGGAGCGGGAACUUUCUCUGUCAUUCGAUUUCUUUUAUAACUUCGUUAGUUUUUCGAAGCUACAAACACUACAAGGCUUUAAGGUGAUCUGCGCCUGGAGUUCGGCGAUGUGGGUCAGACAGUGUAGAGAUCCCGAAGACUUGCCAGCCAGACCUCUGCUCAGCGAACUCACUGGAAACGCGCACUUGCUGGAAUUUUACAGUCUGUUCUUUUAGGUAGAAGGUGAUACUGUUAAUAGGAUUUUCAUUUAACUUAUUCACACUAAAUUUUUUUUUUUUAGUUACUAACUCAAUGAGGAAAACAAAACUACAAGAUCUUUUCUUACAGAUGACUAGUAUUUGCGAAAUAAAUUUUUUUACAAAUUCACCUUUUCAACACAUUUAACCACUUGUAAAGGUUUUCUUUGGCUACAUUACAUUUUAAACAUUCACAAUAAGCACUAUUCCUCCAGACUUUCUAUUACUGCAAUUAGAAAAUGUGAAGGUUUGUCAAAUGAGUCCAGGCCUCGCGUGCUGUGAUCACGUCCUGUGGACACGUGCGCAGAACCAGCUAGUGAGUUCGUGGAGCCUUGUCGAGUUGGUCAGGUCCGAAGGGAUUGGCAGCCCUGAUGUUCCCUUUGAAUUGGCUACCGACGUGCAGAGGUUUUCACGUGUGACGUCACUGUGUCUGCUGCAUUUUGUCCUUCUUUUCCUUUGAGUAAAAUAAUUUCUUGGUAUGUGUUUGUACAGUAAUGAGUGAACGUGGAAAGUUUCUUUUUGGAAGAGAGAGAAUUGACCGUUUUGUGUUGUAAGACUUAACUUAUAACUUAUUGAGCACUUUUAGUAAUAACUAUUUUUAAACUUGUCGGAUACCUUUCUGGGGGUAUUGUUUGUAAUGUGACUUAUUUAAAGCCUUUUUUGUUUGUUUAAGUUGCUGCUUUAGGUUAACAUUAUGUUUUAGGUGACUCAAUUUUUUUUCCAGUCUGUACAAUUAGCCAUUCAGAGCACAAGGGCCUGAUUGUAUAGCAACCCAGAGAACAGAGGUCCAGGCGAGAGCAGGCGGGCGGGAGUCACAGCCGUGUGGCGCGUCCAGCCUUGUGGGAAGAUGACUUUCAGUGUGUGACUACGGAGCUGUAGUGCCAUUAGAAACUGUGAAUUUCCAAAUAAAUCUGAACACUUGUCUUUAUUAA